AUGGCAGAUGUCAGCAAAACUGAGAAGGUUCGAUUGCAUGUCCCAGAUUUGGAGGAACUGCGUGCAGUAUUACAAACAGGGCUGGAAGACAACUUUGCAGAAGUGAAGGUGAGUGUUGUGGAAUGUCCCGAUCUCACGAAGGAGCCGUUCAACUUUCCUGUUCAAGGGUUGUGUGGAAGUCCCAGAGUCACAGAUGUGGGAGGAGUACCUUACUUGGUCCCCCUGGUUCAACAGCACAAGGAAUAUAACAUGAAUGUUAUAUCAAAGGAGCUGGAACUACCGGGAGCUUUUAUCAUUGGGGCGGGGGCCGUUCCCUCAAGGAUUGUGGGGAUGAACGCUGAGUUGAUGCCACUGGUUCUGACUGAAGUCGAUGGAAGGCCUGCAGUGAACAGCAGCUACUUCUCCUCCAUCAAUCCAGCUGACGGACAGUGUUUACAAGAAAAAUACAGUGACAAAUUCUCUGACUGCAACUUUGGACUGCUGGGGAAUCUUUAUGCUUGUGAGGGGAGGCCAGGAAAGGUCAUUGAGGUACAGGCCAAAAAGAGAACGGGAGAUCACAGUAUUGUGACGGGUUUGAGAAAGACUCUGGAGAUUCAAUACCCCGAUAAAAGUCUGGCUUUGGGUGGUACCUUCAUUAUACAGAGAGGGAAAGCUAAAAUCCAUAUCAUGCCGAGAGAGUUCUCUGUCUGUCCACUCAAUUCAGACGAAGAGGUCAACAGCUGGCUCAAACAUUUUGAGGUGAACGCUCCACUCAUCUGCCAGUCGGUUCUUGUGUCCAAAGAUCCUGGUCUAGACCUGCGCCUGGAGCACACCCACUGCUUCAGCCACCAUGGAGAAGGUGGCCACUACUACAUAGAUACCACACCUGAUAGCGUGGAGUAUUUGGGCUACUUUGUCCCGGCAGAGUUCAUUUACCGCAUUGACCGGCCCAAGGAGACUCAUAUGGUUGGAAGAGACUGA